AUUCUUAUUCCAUCUGUGCGCACGCGUGACGGGCACUUGUCUUCACGUAUGCGCUGACGUCAGGCCGCCGUGGUCGUUAGAGCGGAGCAAGGGAAAGAGGGGUGGCGUGCUAUACGUGAGCUGGUGGCGUAGCGAAGCGGUCAGUUCAGGGGUUCAAAGAGGAGAAAACAUGGCGGAUAACAAAGGAGGAGGAGGUGGUGGGGGAGAGACUGAGGGGGACGCGAGCAGUAAUAAUAACAAUAAUAGUAAUGGCGUCGGGGAGACCGGCACUUCUGGUGACACAGAGAGCCAAGCAGUAGAGGAGUCGGAGAGUGCUGAAAAGGCCCCCGUUGCGGCGGUCCCUACAGAUACCCCUGCAGAGGAAAACCCUGCCCCGUCCUCUUCGUCUGUGGCCCCUUCUUCUGCUGCUCCUGCAUCAUCAUCGUCAUCAUCAUCUUCCUCGUCUUGUCUAGUGGUGAACUUACUGGAUACGUGCGCUGUGUGUAAACAGAGCCUGCAAAGCCGGGACUCUGAGCCCAAGCUCCUGCCAUGUUUGCACUCAUUCUGUCGCCGCUGUCUGCCAGAGCCCGAGAGGCAGCUCAGUGUCCAUUUACCUGGAGGAACUAAUGGAGACAUCCAGCAAGUUGGGGUAAUAAGGUGCCCAGUGUGCAGACAAGAAUGCAGGCAGAUUGAUCUAGUGGAUAAUUAUUUUGUAAAAGAUACCACGGAAGCACCAAGCAGCACAGAUGAAAAGUCUGAACAGGUUUGUACAAGUUGUGAAGAUAAUGCAAGUGCAGUUGGCUUUUGUGGGGAAUGUGGGGAAUGGCUCUGCAAGACAUGCAUAGAAGCCCAUCAAAGGGUUAAAUUCACAAAAGACCACGUAAUAACAAAGAAAGAAGAUGUAUCCUCCGAAUCAGUGGGAGCAUCUGGUCAACGUCCAGUUUUUUGUCCAAUCCACAAACAAGAGCAGCUCAAAUUAUUUUGUGAAACAUGUGACCGACUAACAUGCAGAGACUGUCAGUUACUAGAGCACAAGGAACACAGGUAUCAGUUUCUCGAAGAGGCUUUUCAAAACCAGAAAGGUUCUAUUGAAAACUUACUUGCAAAGCUUCUAGAAAAGAAAAACUAUGUACAUUUUGCUGCUACUCAGGUUCAAAACAGAAUAAAAGAAGUAAAUGAAACCAAUAAGCGAGUAGAACAGGAAAUUAAAGUGGCUAUUUUUACUUUAAUAAAUGAAAUUAAUAAGAAAGGAAAAUCUCUUCUGCAGCAGUUGGAGAGUGUUACAAAGGAACGACAAAUUAAACUUGUACAGCAGCAAAAUGAUAUCACUGGUCUCUCACGGCAAAUAAAACAUGUCAUGACCUUCACGAACUGGGCAAUUGCAAGUGGCAGCAGCACCGCCUUACUGUACAGCAAACGCUUGAUCACUUUCCAGUUGCGUCAUAUCUUAAAGGCACGUUGUGACCCCGUCCCAGCAGCCAAUGGGGCAGUAAGAUUUCAUUGUGACCCAACUUUUUGGGCAAAGAAUGUUGUAAAUUUAGGUAAUCUUGUUAUUGAAAAUAAGCCAACCACUGGUUUUACUCCUAAUGUAGUGGUUGGCCAAGUUCCCCAAGGAACGAACCAUGUCAACAAACCACCUGCACAAAUAAAUUUAGCUCAGCUCCGGCUUCAGCAUAUGCAACAGCAGGUGUAUGCUCAUAAACAGCAACUUCAAAUGAGGAUGGCCCAGCCACCUGGCCAGCACCAGAGACCAUCUGUGCCUCAAGUGAUGCAUCAGCAGCCUCCACGGUUAAUAAGCAUGCAGAACAUGCCAAGGACUAAUAUGAACUGUGGCCCAUUUCAAGCGCAUCAAAUGAGAAUGGCACAAAAUGCAGCCCAGAAUGCUUCCAGGAUGCCUGGUAUCCCUCGUCAUAAUGGACCGCAAUACUCAAUGAUGCAGCCUCAUCUCCAAAGACAACAUUCAAACCCAGGGCAUGCUGGACCAUUUCCAGUUGUUUCAGUACACAACAACACAAUCAAUCCAACUAGUCCUACAACUGCAACCAUGGCAAAUGCAAAUCGGGGACCAACAAGCCCAUCCGUUACAUCUAUAGAACUUAUCCCAUCUGUAACAAACCCAGAAAACCUUCCUUGUCUUCCAGACAUCCCACCAAUCCAGCUCGAAGAUGCAGGAUCUAGCAAUUUAGACAAUUUGUUGAGUAGAUAUAUUUCAAUAGGUCAUCAGCUACCACAACCAACAAGCACUAUGAAUCCCUCCCCUGCACCUUCUGCAAUGUCUCCAGGAUCUACAGGCUUGUCCAAUUCACACACACAAGUGAGGCCGCCCAGUACAUCAAGUACAGGCAGUAGAGGAAGUUGUGGUUCAAGAACUGAAAGAAAUUCUGGCUUUAAAUCUGACACUGUCAAAGUUAAACAAGAACCUGGAACAGAGGAGGAUGUGUGUAGUUUCUCAGGACCAGUAAAGCAGGAGAAGGCUGAAGAUGGCAGGAGAAGUGCAUGCAUGCUGAGCAGCCCGGAAAGCAGUCUGACACCUCCACUGACCACCAAUGUACACCUUGAAACUGAUCUGGAGUCACUGGCCGCUUUGGAAAAUCACGUAAAGACCGAACCAAACAGCACAAGCCGAAGCUGUGGGCAGUCAUCUCAUGUUAGCCUUGUAAACGGAAAAUCCCUGGUACGGAGUUCAUUGCAUCGGUCGCCUAGGGGAGGUGGUGGUGAUGGCUCCAACAAAGAUGAUGACCCAAAUGAAGAUUGGUGUGCCGUGUGCCAAAAUGGAGGAGACCUCUUGUGUUGUGAAAAGUGCCCUAAAGUUUUUCACCUUACUUGUCAUGUACCCACGCUGCUUAGUUUUCCAAGCGGUGAAUGGAUUUGUACGUUCUGCAGAGAUUUGAAUAAACCUGAAGUUGAAUAUGACUGCGAUAAUUCUCAACACAGCAAGAAAGGAAAAACCGUACCAGGCCUAAGUCCUGUAGACCAAAUGAAAUGUGAACGGCUUCUGCUUUAUCUCUACUGUCAUGAAUUAAGCAUUGAAUUUCAGGAGCCUGUGCCAGCUUCGAUACCAAACUACUACAAAAUUAUUAAGAAGCCUAUGGAUCUUUCUAUGGUGAAAAAUAAGCUACAGAAGAAACACUCACAGCACUAUCAAACACCCGAAGAUUUCGUUGCAGAUGUCAGGCUAAUAUUUAAGAACUGUGAAAGGUUCAAUGAAAUGAUGAAAGUUGUUCAAGUUUAUGCAGACACACAAGAAAUUAAUCUACAGAAUGACUCCGAAGUUGCCCAAGCAGGAAAGGCUGUUGCAUUAUAUUUUGAGGACAAACUUCCGGAAAUCUACCCGGACAGGACCUUCCAACCAUUGCCAGAGUUUGAACCAGAGGAUGAUGAUGGAGAUGUAACAGAGGAUUCAGAUGAUGAUGAUUUUGUACAACCUCGUAAAAAACGACUGAAGUCAGAAGAGAGACCGGUGCAUAUAAAGUGAUAAGAGCACGGAUUUUGUGUAGAGUUUAAACAAAUUUAAAAUGAACUUAUUUAAAUAUUUCCGGAAUAUCGUCACUCCUGCAUCAGCCAUCUUCAUGAAGAAUUUGGCAGCUUUUAGACAGUAUUAGAUCAACGAAUAUUUGUACAGAUAAAGAGCAAUCUUUCAAAAAUAAAUUGGGGAAUUUUGUCAUUUUUUUUUAGGACUGAUGGACUCCUGACCUUUGGAGCAAUUCUUGCAUUUUCUUGAUUAGGUGAAUGUUAAAAGACAGUCUCUUUGGUUGUGUGUCCCCCCCCCCCCCCCCCCCCAGCAGUUCUUUGUACAGAUAAAUGAGUGAACUCGGUGAUUGUGCUUCUUGUUGACCUUUUUUUGUUGAACAUUGGACCAUUACCUUCAGUUUACUGUAAUAUAUUUUCUUUCUCCACCAAUGAACUAGCUUGAUGGGGGAAAAUGGUACUUUGGGAUGGCUUCAUCAUACUUCUUUACAGCAUUUUUUUAUUUUGUUUUUUUCUUUUAAUUAUUUUUGAGCUUUUACAUUAUUCGAUUAUGGGGAUUGGAUUGUCCUUCAAGACUCUAAAAUAUAUUUAUAUAUUUUGUGAAGGAAUCGGUUUAUCUUGGUUGAACCUACAGUAACUUUGCUUUGUAAAUAGAAGGAAGCUUCUUUGUGUUCAUAUAUUCAUUAUGCAUUAAUUUUGGGCAACAGGUUAUCAACUCUUACUGUUGUCUUGCAUCUGACCUGAGGAGAAAUAAAUGAAUAUCUGGUUAAAUA